AGAUACAGCCAGCGAAGGUGAACUUAUAUAUCAUCCCUUCAUUUCAUUACAGAACAUUAAUUUUCAGCACCACCGCCUUCUUUUGUGUAAACGAGAAACAUGACAUCCACGUCAGCUUUAGAUCCCGGCAAUGACCCCUCCCUCCGGCGGCCGCUACUUCCUCCGCCGAACAAGGCGGUGACCGAGAAACUUUGCAUAGAUGACAUGCUACAAAAGUACUGCGGCGAGUUCGGGCCAUGGCAAUUACGUCAUUUCGUGCUGACAAGCUUGGCCUGGGCGCUGGAGGCUUUUCACACAAUGGUCAUGAUCUUCGCCGACCGGGAACCGAAGUGGAAAUGUCUCGGACCGGAAUGUGACGCGGCGACGACUAGCUUUUGUGGGCUGCAACCGGGUUCCUGGACAUGGAGUGGUGGUGAAGAGGGCUCCACGGUGGCCGAGUGGUGGCUUAUUUGCGAAGAGAAGUACAAAGUUGGGCUUGUUCAGGCAUUGUUUUUUGGUGGCUGCAUGAUAGGUGCAGGAGUAUUUGGCCAUCUGUCAGACUCAAAACUAGGAAGAAAAGGUUCUUUAACAAUAGUUUGUAUCUUGAAUGCCAUUUUUGGUUGCUUAACAGCAUGGUCACCAAACUACCUAAUCUAUCUCCUACUUCGUGUGCUUACUGGCUUCAGCACUGGAGGUGUUGGCCUUUGCGCCUUCGUUCUGGCCACUGAACCUGUUGGCCCAACAAAGCGUGGCACUGCUGGAAUGUCCACAUUCUACUUCUUCUCAACAGGAAUAGCCUUACUCUCAGGCAUAGCUUAUAUUUUUCGUUCCUGGCGUACUCUCUACAUUGCUUCUUCAAUCCCCUCCGUUUUGUUCCUCAUCCUGGUUCUUCCUUUUCUCAAUGAGUCGCCUAGAUGGUACCUUGUUCGUGGCAAAAUGAAUGAAGCCAUGAAUCUCAUGCACAUAAUUGCUAAGUCUAAUGGACACCACCUGCCUGAUGGGGUUGUCCUUGCACUCGAUGAAGAAGAAAAUGAUGAAUCUUCUAAUGACAAACAAAAUUACAAGGAAGAAUGGGCAACAAAAGAAGCGAUAACAGGUUCUGUCUUAGACGUAAUUAAGUCACCAAUGACACGAGUUCGCUUGUUUUUAGCAGUAGCCAUUAACUUCUUGUGUUCAGUUGUGUACUAUGGCCUUAGCUUAAACGUUGUAAACCUCAAAACAAAUCUUUAUCUCGCUGUCCUUCUCAAUGCAGUGGCAGAGAUGCCUGCUUUCACCCUUACAGCACUUCUGUUAGAUAAAUUUGGAAGGAAGCCAUUGGCAAUAGGCACAUUAUGGUUCAGUGGAUUAUUUUGCUUAUUGGGGAGCUUGGUGAAAAAUGAUGGGAUAUGGAAAGUGGUGAGGAUGGUUUGCGGAAUUCUGGGAAUAUUUGGGAUGGCGGGUACUUACAAUUUGCUGUUCAUAUACACAAUAGAGUUGUUCCCUACAGUGGUGAGAAAUGCUGCACUUGGUUGUGCAACACAAGCGGCGCAGAUGGGAGCAAUAUUAGCACCAUUUGUGGUGGUUUUGGGAGGUGCCUUACCAUUUGCAGUGUUUGCAGUAUGUGGUAUUGUAGGAGGAAUCUUGGCAUUUUAUCUACCGGAGACACUAAAUAAGCCUCUGUAUGACACGAUGGCCGGAAUGGAGGACGGAGAAGGUGCUUAACUAAAUGAUACUGUGUAACAUACCAGGUUUCAUAAUAAGAUUUUGUUUUUGUUUUUGUUUUUUUCCUCGUUCUCUUUGUUUCUUGUCCUGUAAUGUGAAUCUCAGAUAUCGAGGGUUAGCAAAGAGUCAAAUAGGACCAGCAAGACCCAUCAAUUAACUUCAAAUUGAAUUAAGAGCCAAAUCUCUCAGCUCCAUUUGACAUUCCAAAUUUUGCA